AUGUUCGCCCUCGCACUCCGGCAAUCGUCAUCAUUCGCGGCAUCAUCAUCAUCAUCAUCAUCGAGGAGGAGGAGCUCUUCUCUUCGCAAUGUUUCCAUUGCUCAAACCAGAGACGUACGACGUCACGAUCGACUGCGACUUAAAACGUGGACUCUCCGAGCGUCGUCGUCCUCAGACGACGAGGAAGAUGAGGAUGAUUCCAUCGACGAGGACCGCGCGGACGUCCGAUCCAUCGAGGACGCGAAACGAGAGCUGGAGUACGGCAUGAGAUUCGGUAAAAGGAUGAAGAAAAGAUUUCAACCGAAAAAGGUGAAAGAUCGAGGUUUACCUAUCGCGGACGCUUUAGUGUUGACAUCCGCGACGGUAUUGGUGGCGUUGGUGUCGCUUUCGCAACACAAAGCGCCGUCGUGGUUGAACGCGGAGUAUUUGAGAGAAGUGCCGAGAAUUUUACCGAACUUGCCAGCUUUGGUUGGAAGCGUCGUGCACGGGAGUAAACUCUCCGCGGUUUGGGUCCUCGGCGCGUUAGCCGCGGAGGCGUACGAGACGGAGGCGUACGAUGCGGAUUUCGCGGAGGCGAUGAAAAGAACCGUAAAGGCGGGAUGUUUCGCGGUUGGGUUGUUGAUAUUAGUGGAACAGAACGAGAUGAGGCAGGCGUUGGAACACGUGAUUGGUAUGCCGGCGAGUGAGUACGUCGUGGGGGAAAAUAGAGAGGCGGAUUUGUUGAUCAAUUCGAAAACGAGCGAGUUGUUCGUCGAUUGCGCGUCCUGCGCGGUUGCGAUGCUGUCGUGGAGAAUCAUUCGUUGGAAUUCGAGCGUGCCGGGGGAUGAUUUACCUUUCAAUUAA